UCUGUGUUCAGUAAAUGAUUACAUUGAAUUUGUACAUAUAACUGUAGAAAAGUUCACUUAUGGUAUGUAGAACCGUUUGUGAACCGAUGUCACAAAGUGGUUUAUGACAACAAAUGUCAGGGCAGUCACACCCCUGGGUGAAGUGUGUUAAUCUCAAGAUUUGCAGAGUCAGCGGCGGUGCUUCCUCUGGUUCAGUUCCUCUGUGUUUGUUGCACUUACAGUGUAAAGUUUGUGUCCAGUGGAGGGAGAGAGUGACUGUCAACCACCACAUCAGGAUGUUCCUUCUCAUCUGGGCGACUCUGGUCUCCUCCCUGAGAGGAAGCAGUGCUGAUGCAGGUGCACCAGUGUGGGGAAGACAAGACUGUAGAAAUGGAUACUGUAUCACACUGAGUGAAGGAGCUAUAACAGCAGAGGCUGGACUCUGUGUUGUGAUACCGUGUUCAUUCACUGUUUACUACUAUACUCGCUUUACACCCCAACAUAUGGUUUGGUCUAAAUGUGAAGGAAGAUGUAGAGAUCAAGACAUCAUACUGGACUCCAACAACAACAACAGGGUUCAGUCUGGGUUCAAAGGACGAGUUUCACUGUUGGAGCCUGACGUGAAUCAGAGGACCUGCAGCAUCAUCAUCAAUGACCUCACUGAGUCAGACUCUGGAUCAUAUCAGUUCAGAUCUAAUGGUCUCGUUAACCGGCAGACAAGUGGAUUUAAUUUCCCCACAAAAGCAACUUUCUCUGUUAAAGGUCUGACCCAGAAGCCCACAGUGAUGGUUCCUCCUCUGACAGAGGGACAGCAGACCACACUGACCUGCACUGCUCCUGGUCUCUGCUCUGGAUCUGUUCCUACAAUCACCUGGACGUGGAGAGGAGCAGGAGAGGACGACUCUCACAUCUCAGGAAACAUCACAGCCUUCAAGACUGAGAAUCUGACUGCUGUCACUCAGAGACACAGCUCAACUUUGACCUUUAACUCUUCAGCUGAACACCACGGCAGCAUUAUCACCUGUAAGGUCGGCUUCACAAACGGCAUCACCACAGAGGAGACGGUGACUCUGAAUGUGACCUAUGUGAAGGAAGUUAAAGUCACUGGGAACAUCAGAGUGAAGGAGGGAGAGACGCUGAAUCUGACCUGCAGUGUUGAAAGUUUCCCUCCAGCUCUCAUCACGUGGACUAAACUUUCAGACGAAAACAUGCAAAAUGGAACCGAAAUGAAUCUACACAACAACACUGAGACCUUCCCAAAGGAAGAGAGUGGAAUCAGCACUUUCUCCAUCUCUAAUGUUACUACAAAAGAUUCUGGAGUGUAUAUCUGCACGGCCAAAUAUGUGACUGACACCCUGGUGAAAGAAGUUGACGUAGCAGUGACGUAUGUGAGGGAACCUAUAAUCAGCGGGGACACAUCUGUAAAGGAAGGAGAUUCUCUGAAUCUGACGUGCAGUGUUGAAAGUUUUCCUCCGGCUCCUAUCACAUGGACUGUACUCGGCUCCAACACAAACCUGUACGAUGGACUUGAUGCUGACCUGCAGAACAACUCGGGCUCUGCUGCACUCUUUCUCCCUAAUGUGACUGUUCAACACUCUGGACGGUACAUCUGUACAGCCAAACAUCUGGACCGCACUGUGACUGCAUCUGCUGAAGUAACUGUGACCUGGUUUUCAAACAUCCUAAGCUCCGGCUGUGAGCUCCAGUCAGACGUCCUGACCUGUGUGUGUGUCACUGAAGGGUUUCCUUUACCCACCGUUAGAUGGCCACUGCUGAAGAACCAGGCUGAGUACUCAGUCACUACCACAGUGACAAACCACACAGUCAGCAGCACUGUAACCUUAAAUAUAAACCACCACAGCAACACUUCUGUUGAGUGCAUCAGCAGCCAUCAGAAUGGGGAAGCAAAGAAACCCCUCACCAUCCAAAUGAACCCGUCAGAACCAAAGGUUGCAGAUCCAUCCAAAGAAGUAUUAAAGAUAGUUUCCCGGCUGGAGGUCAUCAUUGCCUUUCUGAUCGGGAUUCUGAUUUCAGCAGUCCUUUGCUGUUUGGCAAUAAAAUGUCAUAAAAGAAAGAAACAGAGCAGCUCUGUAAACCUGAAUGACACUCUGGAGAUGGUGACCAGUCAAGAUGAACCUCUGAUCAGUGCUGAUGGAGAAGUGGAAUAUGAUCAGACCUACUACCAGGACACAGUGGAGGAAGAAGGAGCUGUGGCAGCAGAGCGAGCUGCUCCUGAUCCUGAUGGAGGACCAAACGAUGUCGAGUACGCCAGCAUCGACUUCUCCGUGUUGAAGAAGAGACCCAGGGAGGCAGCGAAGGAGCGAGAGACCACCGAGACGGAGUACGCUGAAAUUAAGAAAGAAGUACAAGAGGAAAGAGAUGAGGAUGGCGGAGAGGGAGAGCUGCUGAGUUUCUGA